UCCAAUCACACGCACAACCUGCCUGAUUUAGUCCGAGGUAAAUGCCAGUUUACUCCACUGUUUGCCCCUUGAAGUUAAUUAAAAAAAAAAAUAUCGCAAAUUUUUUCAGAAACAUCUUUGUCCUUCAUUCCUUCACUUUUUGCUUCCACUCCACUUUUUUUUUUUUUUUUUUUUAUUUUUUUAUUUUUAUUGUUUCUUUGCUCACAAAACUCAUCAUCACAUCCUCGUUUCAUUUGCUUCAUUUUUCGUUUACUUCGUUUGCCUCAUUUGCUUCAUUUGCUUCAUUUGCUUCAUUUGCUCCCCUUUCUUUUAUAUCUCGUACUUCUGUUUACUCAGCCAUGGUACACUCCACCACGACGCUUGAUCUCAUGUCAAUGGAUUAGCUCUAAAUUACAGAAUAACGUGGAAAAAAAUAAUAAUAAUAAUAAUAAUAAUAACCCCGACCACCUUGAGUUUCAAACUGCUUUUUCCGGCAGAAUCCUGUUUCCAUCAUUGUCCUUGUUGCUGUUUUUUCUCGCCACAUGCGCCAAUUUUUUAACACUUUGCUCCCUCCACCGUUCUUUGACUCUUGCUGCCCCUCUUUGUCCAUUG